AUGAGCGGUCAAACACAACAGCUCGCUUCGGGCCAGCCGGCCCCGUUCAGCGACGAUCCGACAGUCAUCAAGAACCGAGAAAGCAUUGAUUACUCGAGGAAAGUGACAAUUAGCGAAGCGAAGAAUGGAAUUCGUGAGUGACUGAUUUCACCUUCCAACUCAAUCGUACUUGCGAAACGUAUUCAGUGAACCGUCCAGUUCGCGUCUACGCCGACGGUAUCUACGACAUGUUCCACCACGGACACGCGAAUCAAUUCUUGCAGAUCAAACAGAUGUUUCCUGAUGUUUACAUAAUCGUUGGAGGUCUGUGAAAAGAAUGUUUUCUUUGUUAGCCACGUCAUUUCAGUGUGUUCGGACGAAAAGACCAACAAGUACAAAGGACGGACUGUUCAGCCGGAGGACGAGAGGUACGAGGCGCUCCGACACAGUCGGUACGUGGAUGAAGUGCUCAAAGAUGCUCCGUGGGAGGUUUCUGUCGACUUUCUCGAGACUUUGAAGGUUCCCUCGGUCUUUCCGAAAUCGCCAUCAAUUUCCUGACUUUUCAGAUCGAUUUCAUUGCUCAUGACGCGAUUCCUUAUCAAGGUCCAGAGGCGGAAGACGUCUACGCGAAACACAAAGCUGCCGGACGCUUUCUGGAGACGCAGAGAACGGAAGGAAUCUCGACAAGCGAUUCGAUCUGCCGAAUUAUUCGGGAUUACGAUACUUACGCGAGAAGAAACCUGAGGAGGGGGUAUUCGGCCAAAGAUCUCAAUGUUGGAUUUCUGACGGUACAAGAACGACGUCCAGCAACUUCUGAACUUUUUUAUUUUUCAGACGAGCAAGUAUCACAUUCAAGAUAAAAUGGACGAAGUGAAGGAAAAAGGGCGGGAGCUGCUGCUGACGUGGAAAGCAAAGUCAAAUUACUUUAUCGACGGAUUCAUCGGAACCUUCGCGAGAGACCUGGGAAACGCAGUGACACCGCCAGAAAUGGACUCAGAUGACGGCGUCGAAAACUAG